AUGAUCAUUUUUAUCCUUUUUUUAACAGGUUUAUUAAGAAUGUUUCUGGAAAUUGCCAUUGUAUGCGCCGUGGUUGGUGCCAUUCUACUCGCUGUCAUCCCAAGACGGGCAAAACUAAACCUACCACCCGGCCCACGUCACUACCCGCUGAUUGGCAACCUACCUCAAUUGGCGGGAAAGCCUGGUCACGUGGCCAUGACUGAGAUGGCAAAAGAGUAUGGAAAGAUCUACACUAUGUACCUACCUGGAGGUCAACGUUGCGUGGUGGUCAAUUCUAUUGACCUUGCUAGAGAAGCCCUGCUUACCAAGAAGGAUGACUUCUCGGGGAGGCCCGCAAGUUACAUUUCCGGUUACUUGUCACGUGGUUUCAAGGAUAUCAUCUGCGCGGACUUCACGCAAGCCAUGAUUUACCAACGCAAGAUAGCGCACUCUGCUCUGCGCAUGUACGGAAGUGGCAUGAAGCGCCUGGAGGGGCUGAUAUGCAGUGAAAUGGAACUUCUCGCGAAAAGAAUCUCUUCCUACCAGGGAAGACCUUUCAACCCUAAAGAGGACAUCCAGCUGGCAGUAUUGAAUGUGAUCUGUGCUAUUGUUUACGGUGAGAGCUAUGACAUUGGCGAUGAUGAAUUUCUGAGAAUCGUCAAGUAUAAUGAUGACUUCAUCAGACUGUUUGGAAGUUACAACAUAUUGGACCUGAUCCCUCUGCUGCGCUUUUUACCCCUGGAAGACGUGAAGACACUGCGCGAGUCGAGAGCCAUAAGAGACGACAUCUUGGACACCAAAUACCGCGAACACAAAAUGAGGUUCGAAGAAGACAAUGCUAACAAUAACUUUGAGGUUCAGGACUUGACUGAUGCCCUGCUGAAAGCUUAUUACGAGGCAGAACAGGAAGACAGCAAAGUGACACAAUUGUUAUCGGAAGACCACAUUGUCAUGACAAUGAACGACGUUUUCAACGCAGGCUUGGAAACUUCAUCAACCACCCUCCGUUGGCUCAUGGCCUACAUGGCAACCUACCCAGAGGUUCAAGCGCGCGUCCAUGCAGAGUUGGAUGACGUCGUCGGCAGUGGGCGUAUGCCUUGCUUGAGUGAUCGCGGGAACUUGCCAUAUUUGGAAUCCACAAUAGCGGAAGUGCUCCGCAUCAGAGCAAUCGUGCCACUAUCCCUCCCACACAAGUCCACAUGUGAUACCACUCUGGGAGAUUACGACGUACCGAAAGAGACAAUGUUGAUUACUAACAUCUGGGCGAUCCACCACGACACAGACGAAUGGGAAAAGCCGGACGUAUUUAACCCUGAACGCUUUCUGGACUCACAGGGAAAAUUCUCAGCAGCGGGAGUUCGCAGUUACUUGCCAUUCAGCGCUGGUCGGCGUGGCUGCUUGGGCGAAUCCCUCGCCAAAACUGAGGUCUUUUUGAUCGCUGCAAGGCUUUUGCACCAGUUUAAAGUUGAAGUUCCAAUAGGAAAACCACUUCCAGAUUUAAGUGGCGAGGUGGGCGUAGUUUUAAUGCCCGGACACCAUGAAGUGUGCAUCACAGAGAGAUUGUAA